AGUUUUGGUGAAAAAAUGCUGCUGCUUCAGUGCAGAAAGGGAGCUUCUUUUCCUAAGUUAUAUAACUUGGUACCAAAUGGAAAAAUGAAGAUCCUCUUGGUAUUUCUAGGUCUGUUUGGUAGUUCUGCUGCCAUGCCAAUGUACAUGCCCCGAAUGCCUGGCUUUAGCAGCAAAAGUGAGGAGAUGAUGCGCUACGGUCAAUUCAACUAUAUGCAUCCCCCACCUAUGGGACCUAUGGGCCCUUACGGAAAUGGUUACCAAAUCCCUCCGCCAUACCCACAGUACCCGAUGCCCCCCAUGUGGCCCCAGCCACUACCCAGUGGGUGGCAGAACCCCCCAGGACCCCAACACCAGACCAAGACUGACCCAACCCAGGAGACCCAGAAGCCCAACCAGACUCAGCCCCAGAAGCCACCAGAAAAGCAGCCUUUAAAUCAGCCACCACAAGACCCACCCAAGGGCAAGGCGGACACCCAGCCCCCACAGCCAUUCCCACCAUUCAACAAUGGACUAUUUCCCUUUCAACAACCCCCAUGGCCAAUUCCACAGAGGAUGCCACCCCCUGGUUAUGGACGCCCACCACUCAGCAAUGAAGAUGGAGGGAAUCCUUAUUUUGGAUUUUUUGGAUACCCUGGUUUUGGGGGUCGUCCUUAUUAUUCAGAAGAGAUGUUUGAAGACUAUGAAAAACCUAAAGAAGAAGAUCCUCCUAAACCAGAAGACCCACCAUCAGAACCCUCAGCUAAUUCAACAGUACCUGAGACUAAUUCUACCCAACCAGGAAUUCAAGGCAAAAAUGACACCAGCCCAACACUAACCAAUGUUCCUGGGCUGAAUACUGGGAACAACCCUACAGCUCCAAAUGGGAUCUUUCCACUUCCUACAGUUAAUUUCUCAGGCCAAGUAGUACCCAGAAAUCAAAUUCCAUGGAAACCAAGUCAGCCAAAUAUUUAUGGAAUUUAUCCAAAGCCUAACAUCAGAAAUUCUCCUUCAGGAAGACAAUCAAACCCCACAGGUACUGCUACUGGGCGAAGACAGUCUGGACCUUCUUACCGAAAUCAGCCAGGUCAAAGAGGUCCUCAGGGAAACUCCUUUGCUUGGGAAGGCAAACAAGCAGUUGGCCCCCAAAAUCCAACUUAUCGCAAAGCUUACACCCCCACUUCCAGAGUCAAUUACCCCAACUAUGCGGGAAAUCCAGCAAACUUCAGAAGAAAGCUUCAGGGGCCAAACAAACCCUUUGUGGGAACCAAUGUUACUCCAAUGAGUCCCAAGCUAGGUACUGUUGGCCGCAGUGAAAAGACCCAAAAUCCAAAGGAAAAGUCACCAAGUCAAAAAGAAAGAACAGUCAGUCCUACAAAGGAUACAUCAGGCUCCUGGAGAAACUCUCAACAUUACAGAGUUAAUAAACCAAAUUAUGGGUGGCCUCGCCCUGAGGGUAACAUGCCAGAGCCAAACUUUAAUUCUGUUAAUCAACAUGAAAACUCCUAUUACUCAAGAGGAGAAACCAGAAGAGUGACAAAUUCUAAUACACAAACCCAAAGCCAGAACUUUCCCAAAGGGAUUGCUUUAGAGCCAAAAAGAAUCCCAUAUGAAACACAAACUAAGCAGCCUGAAUUAAAGCACAGUACACAUCCACCUCUCUAUCCUGACAUAAUCCCCUCUCCUAAAAGAGAACAUUUUCCUGCUGGAAGAAGUACAUGGAGUCACCAAGAAAUUCCUCCACCCUUCAAGGAAGAUCCUGGGAAACAGGACAAACAUUUACCUCGUCUUCCCCCUGGCUCCGGAGGAAGUGUUUUCCACCAUGAAUAUAACCCCUAUUAUCCCAGAGAAAACUCACCAUACACUGGAAGCAAUACAUGGGGUAAGAGAGUUGAUCCUCCCAAUACCAUGGGGCAACCGAAAAUCCCUCAGUACCCUUUGAAGAGUGCAGACAAAAAAGAGACAGUCAAGUAUAAUGAAGAGGACCCACCUGACCCAACUGGAGAUGAGCCUUUUCCAGGACGAAGUAGAUGGGGUGAGGAAGAGUUCAGCUUUAAUGGAAGACCACUGAUUAGGCACUACGAUGGUGAGCAAUACACCUCAAAUCUACCAAAGGAAUACCUCCCCUAUUCCUUGGAUAACCCAUCAAAGCCCAGAGAAGAAUCUCCUUACAGUGAAUUUUAUCCCUGGAGCCUAGAUGAGACUUUCCCCUCGAACAGCCCAAGUCCCACAGUAUCACCGCCUGAGGAGAGCAGAGGCUAUUACGUCAAUAAUGCCGUCCAACAAGAAGAAAGCACGUUCUUUCCUUCAUGGAACUCCUGGGACAACAGGAUUCCAGCACAGGGGCAGCAGGAAAGUGAGCCAUAUUCUAACAGAAAUUACUGGGAGCAAGCAACAAACGUACAGGAAGUUAGUCUACCAAACCAGAAAGAGAACUAUCCCUAUUCCAGUAACCCUUCAGUUGGGCUCCAGAACAAUCCAACUUGGCACGAAGGUGAGAAUUUGAACUAUGAUGUGCAAAUAACUAGGUUAAAUUCACCAGAGAGACAACAUUUGUCUUUCCUAGACUUAAUGCCUCAAAGUUACCCAUCGGGUCACACAGAAGCACAUUUAUUUCACCAAGGCCCAAGAGGUUCUUGCUGCAUUGGUAGCUCUGCAGGGCCCCACGAGAAUCCACUAGCUCUCCAAGUCUAUACGCCAGCCUACAGUCUCCUACCAGGAGACAAUCCAAACACCAAUCCCACCUAUACGGAGAGUAGUCAUACCAAGCACGUAAGACCUGUUGUCUCCCCAGUAAGCAUCCUACCUGGCCAAAGAAAUAGCUCAGAGAAGAAACUUCCCGGGGAAAGCCAAAGGCCCAGCACUUUUAGAGAUGAUGUGUCCACUCUGAAGGACACACCAUGCUCUGUGAAGAAUCAGCGGGAUCAAGUGGGAAUUAGAUCCUUUCCCGAAGCCAGCUCUCCUCAAUCAAAGAACACACCUUGUCUCAAAAAUGAUCUUGGAGGAGAUGGGAAGAAUGUUCUGGAACAAAUUUUAGAAGGCAACCGUCUCAAGGAAAGAACUGUUGACCUUACUCCUGAGCAGCUUGUUAUUGGUACAACUGAUGCAAGCCCCAAGCCACAAGAAAUCCAAAAGGAAACCCAAAGAAAGGAGGGGGAGAGGCAGCAAGAAAGACCACCUAGCAUCCUGCAGGUACCAUGCUUUGGCUCCCAAUUAACAAAGCUUCAGUCUUCUAACACUGGAACUCCAUCUAGCAAUGGAAGACAAGGCCCAUCUGACGGGGAGCUAACUAUGCCUACUGAAAACCCUAACACAUUUGUUGCAUUAGCUACUAGGGAGCCAUUUAGAAGUAUAAGUGUUGACCAACUUAAUGCUGAUGAACAUACUCCAUUUGAAUCUUUUCAAAGAGGGACUGAUCCACAGGACUGCUUACUAAUUCAGGCCUAG